AUGUUUGAACUGCGCGUCCAGCCCCAGGAGCAUGUCAUCGACCAGGGAGACGACGGAGACAACUUCUACGUUAUCGAGAGGUGGGUGUGGUGUGCGUGUGCGCAGUUACUCAGGAAUCCUAACAAUCUAGGUAUUCACUAGAAAGCAGCAUUCAUAACAAACACACCAUCACUAGUCUUCCAACAAGCCCCCCUUGUGCCUGAUCCUCUGGGCCUAUUUUUUUAAUUUAUUUUUUUCACCUUUAUUUAACCAGGUAAGCCAGUUGAGAACAAGUUCUCAUUUACAACUGCGACCAGGCCAAGAUAAAGCAAAGCAGUGCGAUUUAAAAACAACAACACAGAGUUACAUAUGGGGUAAAACAAAACAUAAAGUCAAAAAUACAACAGAAAAUAUAUAUACAGUGUGUUCAAAUGUAGCAAGUUAUGGAGGUAAGGCAAUAAAUAGGCCAUAGUGCAAAAUAAUUACAAUUAGUAUUAACACUGGAAUGAUAGAUGUGCAAGAGAUGAUGUGCAAAUAGAGAUACUGGGGUGCAAAUGAGCAAAAUAAAUAACAAUAUGAGGAUGAGGUAGUUGGGUGGGCUAAUUUCAGAUGGGCUAUGUACAGGUGCAGUAAGGUGCUCUGACAACUGAUGCUUAAAGUUAGUGAGGGAGAUAAGAGCCUCCAGCUUCAGAGAUUUUUGCUAUUCUUUCCAGUCAUUGGCAGCAGAGAACUGGAAGGAAUGGCGGCCAAGGGAGGUGUUGGCUUUGGGGAUGACCAGUGAGAUAUGCUCCAUGGCUGUGUCCCAAAUGGCACCCUUUUCCCUAUAUAUAGUGCACUACUUUUGACCAGAGCCCUAUGGUCAAAAGAAGUGCACUACAUAGGGAAUAGGGUGCCAUUUGGGACAUAGGCUAUGAGUGGGCUUAUUCUCUCUGCACCUUAAGCUUCCUCCUCCGUCAUGCUAGUGCCUCAGCCUGGGAGGCUUAGGGCUAGAUGCACGUCAUAAGCAUGUUAAACCUAUUCCCUCCCUACGCUCUGCCUUGCAAAGCAUCAUGGGAAACCUACAUAGCCAUGUGAUCAUCAUACUAAUCCGCCCAUACAAAGUUAAUGCUCCACCGGCGACCACAAAGUAAAUUCCCAGAACUGAACUCGUAGUACCCUUAGUCCCCCCUCCCCCCCCUGGUUGGUCAAUCCCAAGAGUGGAGCCUAAUACUGGUCUUAAAAAAACCAUUAACUGCGUACUGCAUGCAGCUCCAAGCUACAGAUUAGAGAUUUAGAUCAGUGAUCAACUUUAUUGUAGAUGAAGAGUAGUCUGCAUGGUUUCCAAAUAUCUCAUAUGUAGUUGCUAUACUCAAUAUAGUUUGAGUUCUCAAAUAUUAUUAGACAAUUUUUGUCUCUUUCUACUCUAUCCCCCCCCCCCCUCUCUCGCUCUCUCUCUCACUCUCUCCCUCCUCCUCUUCUUCUUCCAGAGGAAUCUAUGACAUAGUGGUGCUGAUUGAUGGCGUAGGGAAGUGUGUGGGCCAGUAUGACAACAAAGGCAGCUUCGGGGAGUUGGCGCUGAUGUACAACACCCCCCGCGCUGCCACUAUCAUCGCCACCCAGGAGGGGGCGCUCUGGGGCCUGGUGAGACACACACACACACACACACAAUGUCCUGACCCUUGACCUCUAGUUCAUGCUGCUGUGCCCAGCCACAGCACCUCCCUGUGGACAGAGAAUAAUAACACAGUGGACAUAUAUUAGAGAUGCCAAAUUUACUGUUUUGUUCUGUUUUUAAAGACCCAUUCCAGCUAUUUUUGAACUUUUCCUGUUGAAUAACGAUAUUCCAAGUAUAAAUACAGUAAAGUACACACACAAAACAAUAUAUUUUGAGCAAAAUAGUGUUUCUAGACACAAUUGCAAAAUUCAAGGAGUUGACAGUUCAAGUAGUUGGUCUGAUGGGUCCACUCUGUCAUAGGCCUCCCCCUUGCUUGCGGGAACAAUAGAGGACAAAAGAGGAAAGGCCCAUCCCCUUGCUUGUGCCAUGUCAUGAGAACCCCUGCACCAGCUACUGAAAUGCACCUUUUGUUAAAGGCCCAGUGCAGUCAAACAUGUGAUUUUCCUGUGUUUUACAUAUAUUUCCACACUGUGAAAUUGUGAAAAUUAUUAGAAUGCCCUUUUAGUGUAAGAGCUGUUUGAAAAGACCGCCUGACAUUUCAGCCUCUUUUAGUGGGAUGGUUGUGGCUUGCCUGGUGACAUCACCAGGCAGUAAAUUAGUUAACAGACCAAUAAGAAAGAGUUCCAAACCUCUCGGCCAAUAACAGCUAGUUUUCCGUUUUCCCUCCCCACUCAGACGACUCCCAAACAGUCCUAGCAAAAUUCUUGCUUAUGAAAUUGCUCUUUGCUAAGAAGCAAUUUUUGUUUAUUUUGGACCAUUUUAAUUGAAAAUAAUCAUAGUAAGGUACUUAAUUGUUACCCAGAAAUGAUUUGCUAUUGAGAUAAAAAUAAAUAACCCUGCAUUGGACCUUUUUAAGUAAUCAGGUGAUAAAUUAGGUGCUAGGGAGGCUGGAGUGGGUCUUUUUAAUGUGUAGUAGAUAUAUCUUAGAUUUUGUGCUUUGAGAUUUAUUUGUGCUUUAAGACUUUUUAUGUAAUGAAAAGUGCUAUAAAAGUUGAUUAAAUUAUUCAUUAUUUAUAUUAUUAGAUCAUAAUUGUAGAUAUUAUAGAAGAUUAGUAGAUAUUACGGUAGAUAUAUCCAUACCUUUCCCCCACUAGAUAUGUUUAACAUGAGAUGGAAAUAGCCUGUCUGUGUGUGUAGCCUGUGUCGGUGCGAUUGAGUGUCCUCUUGCCUGUCUGUGUGACCGUGACCGAUGCUGUCUGUGACACUACCAGGACCGGGCCACUUUCCGUAGGCUCAUUGUGAAGAACAAUGCCAAGAAGAGGAGGCUGUACGAGCAAUUUGUGGAGUCUGUGCCUCUACUGAAGUCUCUGGAGGUGAGGAGGGGAAGAUGGAUGGAGGUGAAAAAUGUAGCACUGAUAUUAAUUUGAUAUGAAUUUGCUUUUCCUUAUCAAACAUCUUUACCUCUCUUAGUUAUCUGAGAGGAUGAAAAUUGUGGAUGUAUUAGGAAUGAAGACGUUUUCCGAUGGAGAACGCAUCAUCAUGCAGGUAGGACUUUCUCCAUUGUUAGCAUAAUGAAGGUUGUUUUGGCCUUACUGUAAAGCUGACUGGUAAUGAUAUGACCAUGAAGAGUUGUAACUGUUCCUGUUGGUUUGUGUUGAUUUUUAGGGGGACAGGGCAGAUUGUUUCUACAUUGUGGAGUCCGGAGAAGUGAAGAUUAUGAUGAAGAGCAAAGUAAGUCUACUUCCUUCUUUUCUCAUCCUCCUCUCAUUUCUGUCUGUGCCUCAUCACCAGAUAAUGUUCAAAAAUGGCUUUAUUUUAUGUUCAAGUCACCCUGUUUUUUUUUCUCUCCUUUUUUCUCAUAUGUACUUCAUAACAAACCUGCACCCAAAGACAAAGAUGGUAUGACUAAUAAUAUGAAUUGUAGUAAAAUUAUUAAUAUGAAUAAUAAUAUAAGUUGAGCACAGCGAUCCUUUUGAAAAAAUCUGAAAACAAUUGUGAUUCGAAUCAGAAUAUUUGUCAAUCACAAUCCGCAAAAUGUUAUUUUAAUGUUUUAGCUAGCUAAGUAGCUAUGGUUCCUAACGUUAGCUAGCGCUAGUUGGCUGUACCUGUGCCCAAAACUCCUUCUCAUCCUAAUAGCUUCUCCAUCUGAUAACUUCUUAGUAAAUGGUGAGCCAACCAUUUGUUUCCACCACUUUUAUAUAAGACAGAACGGUGCAAGACAGAAGGUUUCCAGAUCCUUUCUACCUUCUGCUAUGAGUCUUUUUAAUCUUAACAUUUAGUUUUCAUAACGCAUUGAUGUGCUGCUUUUAGUGUCUGCAUGUCCUUUAUUGUCUAUUUAUUGGUGUUGUAUGUAUUAGCUGGUGCAGUCAAAUUUCCCCUUUGGGAAUCAAUAAAGUGAGUUUUCUCAUGGCUCUGUCCAGACUUGGGUUCAAAUACUAUUAAGGGUAUUUCAAUUACUUUCUAAGACUUUUUGAAAGUAAGUAUUUUCAUAUUUCUUCUAUGAUAUUUAGUUUUAUAUUUUUUCUACAAGCAUCUGGAUAUUGGAAUUCUAUUUGAAAGUACACUUGGAAAGUAUUGGCAUGUAUUUGAAAAUACUCAAAUACACAGACAAGUGUGCUUUCAAAUACAUAUAUUUAAAUACACCAUGCAUUUAAACUUUACAUUUAUUUUGGAAAAAAAAAGUGUUAAAUACUUUCAGCUAUUUAUAGUAAGUGAUUUGAAAAUACUUUCAGCUAUUUAUAGGAAGUUAUUUGAAAAUACUUUCUUAAAAUAGAAGUAGCUGAUUUGGCCACAUUAUUUGAAAAUACUCAAAUACAUAGAAAAUAAGUAUUUAAAUUACAAAUACCCAUGUAUUUGAACCCAGGUCUGGCUCUGUCUUGUCCCGCUGCAGCAGACAUGGCCUAUAGCCUAGUGAACAACACGUUUGGGCUUCCUUGGCACUCCGUGGCUCGUGCUCCAUGCUAAAACAUAAUUUUUUGAAUAUUCGAAUCGGCAACCAAAGAUUUGAAUCCGCUACAAAUUAUUCAAAUCAGAGUAAACAAAUUGAAUCCCCUCUCCCCCAGACAAAGGCGAACCAAGAGGAUAAUGUGGAGGUUGAGAUCACCCGCUGUAGCAGGGGUCAGUACUUUGGGGAGCUGGCCCUGGUCACCAACAAGCCCCGCGCUGCAUCAGUGUACGCUGUGGGAGAGGUCAAGUGCUUGGGUAAGGCCCCUCCAUACAUUUACAGAUAUUUGUGUGUGUGUGCGUGUAAGCGUGUGUGGGUACGCGUGUGUUUGUGUUUAAUUUGACACAGACACACGCAUGGGUGGGUGUCCAUCUGCGUGACAGAUAGAUAUUUUAUAUUUGUUGUGUCUCCCUGAAUCUCUUAAUGGUAGAUUACUAGCUAGUAAGUGUUCUAGAGGAGUAUCUCCCCCCUAAACGCAUAGAUGCAAAGCUGUUCCCUCAGACAUACUAGUGAAAGGGUUAAGCUCUCUUAUGACUUCAAAAGUGUUUGAACUUCUCACAAUUCUCCAGGUGUAUGGUUAGGGUACCAAAAUUGUCAUAUGAAAGAAGUAGAAAUACUUUAGCAACCUUUUAGCAUGCUCCGCUAUAGUUUUAUUGAAAUGUUUCGACUGAAAGGUCUGUGGUGAUUAAGCUAAGCAUAGCAAAGAACAGUCAGAAAUAAACUAUACAGGAGCAUAGGCUACAACAGGGUGAUAUUCAUUAGUGCACACCGUAGCGAAACUUUUUGCAAUGGAACACGAAAACAAGUUCAGGUAGUUCCUCCCCGUUUUGGCCUGUUUGCUUCCGUUUUGUUCUUAGUGAAUAUGACCCAUGUCUCCAUCUCUGUUGUGCAGCUGUGUGAGUGAUGUGUCUCUGUGUUUUUCAGUAAUAGACAUUCAGGCGUUUGAGCGUCUGCUGGGUUCCUGUAAGGAGAUCAUGAAGAGGAACAUCACCCACUAUGAGGAGCAGCUGGUAGCUCUGUUCGGCUCCAGCAUGGACCUGAGAGACUGA